AACUGCAUAUAAUUAAGUCUUGUCUUUUAUUUGAGAAAUUUAAUUUAGAGUUCUACUUAUCAACUAAUUUUUAAUUAAUUGAUAAUAUAAAUAAUUAACAGCACAUGAAAAUUAAAAUUUAUUUAAUGUUAUAUUCGGAUUAUUAUGCAUACAAGUGGGGAUAAAAAUGAAAGAAGCAAAAAGUAACAUGAUCUGCACCACACGAAAAUGAAAAUGGAUGAUAUUAAGAAGGUAAAAGUCGCAGUCUCUGAUUGCUAUCUAGAAAUGUUGGAUUUGAGACGUUGGAUCCAUCUAUGACCAUGCUGCAAACAAGGUUACACUUACACGUCCCUUAAUUUCCUUUUCAGAUAAUCUAGCUCAAGUAAGCGUGGACUCUAGAUUUCUAAGCAAUGUAAAUUGACAAUAUUAACUAAUAAUCACGAUUCAUUUCUAUGGCAAAUGUGCAAUAGCUUUUUCAUUUUACAUAGUUCUGUGGAUUUGCUAAAAGGUCUCUAGUUAAUAUCAUUUGUAUCCUCCAAAAUCAAGUUGUAUAAUUAUAGAUAUAUAUAUUCCAUGACUUUGCAAGAGUAAACGGCUGCUAUAACCACCUUACUUGAAGGCAAACCGUUAAAUAUGUAAAAUGCAAAAUACAAGGUCAACCUCUUAUUCUCUCGUGUAUACUUGUUUUUUUUUUUUUUCUCAAGGAAAAGUACUUUUAUUUAACAAUAACUACAAUAACAACUAAGGUUUGUUUUUUCUCCCUUGAUAUUGGUUCACAAAUAUGGCCGCUGCAUCUGAAAUUGGAAACAAGUCAAUGGUAUGCCAAGAUCCCCACAGUUUUGGUCACCUUGAUAUCUGGAAAGGAGGCAACCCAUUAGAAUCCCCCAGUUGUCUUCUCUAUAUGCAGGUCUCUUUGAUGACCAUGGUCACACAGUUUAUGGACGCAUGUCUCAAGUCACUAGGUCAAUCCUCCAUUGUAUCCCAGAUUAUGGGUGGAGUGCUGUUUGGGCCAUCAAUGUUGGGGAACAAAAAGAUUCUGGGGCUAGCCUUAUUUCCUAUGAAGGGCGCUGUAGUGCUUGACACAGUUUCAUUGUUUGGUCUUAUGUUCUUCUUCUUCAUAUGGUGUGUUAAAAUGGAUAUUGCCACAUUAAUGAAGACUGAAAAGGUGGCCAUCACUCUUGGUAUUUCUGUAUUCGCAUUUACAUUGAUAAUCCCUACUGGACUGGCCUUCCUGAUGAUGAAAUACAUUGCGAUGGACGGGAGCCUCGCAAAGGCACUGCCAUUUCUAGCUAUGUCGCAAACCUUAACUGUGUUCAUUAGCAUAGCAGUGCUCUUGACCGAUCUCAAAGUCCUUAACACUGAUAUAGGACGCUUAACGAUGUCAGCAGCAAUGUUUGCUGAUGUAGCUGGCUUUAUCUUGACAGUGAUUCUGUUUGCAAUACUGCAGGAUCAGAGUGGUAGCUUUGUGAGACUAGCAUGCAUCCUUCUGUCCAUAGUUGGAGUCUGGCUUCUUGUUAUAUUUGUAAUGAGGCCAACAAUAAUUUGGAUGGUAAAGCACCCAGGUCGAGGUUCGGUUAAUGAAAUCUGCCUUGUUUGCAUCUUUCUCUUAGUUCUCUUAUCUGCAUUUGUCAGUGAGUUAAUUGGGCAGCAUUUUAUAAUGGGACCUAUACUUUUAGGCUUGGCUGUUCCAGAAGGGCCACCCAUAGGAACAGCUUUGAUGAGUAAAUUGGAGACAAUCUGUACGGCAUUUCUUUAUCCAAUCUUUCUCGCUGUUAAUGGACUGCAAACUGAUUUCUUCAAAAUUGAUAAGCAGUCUCUGUGGAUUGUGUGUGUCAUUCUGAUUGUCGCUUUCUUUGUAAAGAUUGGUGCUGUCAUGUUGCCAGGAUACUAUUACAAUCUACCCUUGAAACAAUGUUUUGUCAUUGGCCUCUUUCUAAAUGGAAGGGGUAUAGCUGAGCUUGCCACUUACAAUAUGUGGAAAAGAGGCAAGUUAAUAUCGGAACAAGAGUUCGCUUUGAUGGUGGCCUCGAUUAUAGUAGUAAAUUGUAUCCUAGUACCACUCAUAAGAUACAUAUAUGAUCCUUCAGAACUAUAUCAGACCGGAAGAAGAUGCACAAUUCAGCAUACUAGGCGAGAUUUGGAGCUCCGAGUGAUGGUGUGCAUUCACAACAACGAAAAUCUCCCCAUGAUCCUGAACCUCUUAGAAGCAUCCUAUGCAAGCAGAGAGAGCAGGAUUGAGGUAACAGCAUUAGUCCUAGUGGAGCUUCAAGGAAGAGCCAGGCCUAUCCUUUUUGCUAAUCAAGAACAACCCCAUGAUGAGAUGCGCUCAAUGUCUUGCAAUGCAAGUCACAUUGACAAUGCAUUGAGGCAAUACGCACAACAGAACGAAGGAUAUGUAUCUGUUCAAUCCUUCACUUCAAUCUCCACCUUUGAAACCAUGUAUGAUGAUAUUUGUAAAAUCUCACUAGACACUGGAUCCAACAUUUUGAUCUUGCCAUUCCACAAGAGGUGGGAAAUUGAUGCCACCGUUGAGAUUUCUCAUAGGACCAUCCAAACCAUGAACAUUGAAGUCCUCGAAAGGGCACCAUGUUCUGUUGGAAUUCUAGUUGAUAGGGGCAUCUUGAGUCCUUCUCCUUCACUCUUGAUGGCUAGAGCAGCAUUCUAUGUCGCUGUGUUCUUCAUCGGCGGCCAAGAUGACGCCGAGACAUUAGCCUAUGCUUCCAGAAUGGUUAGGCAUGAAUGUGUGUAUGUAACUGUGGUAAGGUUCCUUUUAUUUGGACAUGAAAAUUCUAAAGAUAGAAAACGUGACAGUGAUCUUAUAGAUGAGUAUAGAUACUACAAUGCGGGAAAUCAAAGGUUUGAGCUUAUGAAUGAAGUGGUGAAAAAUGGGAUAGAGAUGUCAACAUGUAUUAGAAGAUUGAUAGAUUAUUUUGAUCUAGUGAUGGUGGGAAGGGAGCAUCCAGACAGUGUUAUUUUUCAGGGACAUGAUCAAUGGAGUGAGUGCCAAGAACUAGGGGUAAUUGGGGACAUGCUAGCAUCACCAGAUUUUGUGACCAAGGCAUCGUUGUUGGUUGUGCAACAACAGAGAAUAAGAGGGACGCUUGUUAAACACAAUGUCAAUGCGAAUCCAGUGCCUAAUCACAGAGAUCAGCUCGUAUAUGAUAUUCCAAAUGAUACAGUGGACAAGUAUGACAGAGUGUAGAUAUAUUAAAUCCACAAUGUUACU